GCUUUACCUGUGCCCUCCAGAAAGAAAUCCUGUACCAAGGCAAGCUCUUCGUGUCGGAGAACUGGAUUUGUUUCCAUUCCAAAGUCUUCGGAAAAGACACUAAGAUCUCUAUCCCCGCCUUCUCGGUCACCCUGAUAAAGAAAACCAAAACUGCCCUUCUGGUGCCAAAUGCCCUGAUCAUCGCGACAGUGACAGACAGGUACAUAUUCGUUUCCCUGCUCUCCAGAGACUCAACAUACAAACUGCUCAAAUCUGUGUGCGGACAUUUGGAGAACACCAGUGUCGGUAACAGCCCCAACCCGUCUUCUAUUGGAAAUAGUUUCGAGACGGUUCGCCCUUCGUCUCUGCCUCUGGAUUUCAAUGAUGAAUUCUCAGACCUGGAUGGAGUGGUUCGAAGACGAAGGCAAGACAUGGAAGGAUACAGCAGCUCCGGCUCCCAGACUCCCGAGUCCGAGAACUCCCGAGACUUCCACGUGACCGAGUCCCAGACAGUUCUGAACGUCCCCAAGGGCGAAGCAAAAUCACCUCGGACAGAUGCGCAUGGGAACAGAGCGCCAGAUGGGAAAGCCAAGAGCCUGCCUGCGCGUGGCCCGUCAGAAGCUAUUGGUGUCUUGCAUAGCGUCAAGUCUCAGAAAUGCCCAACUCUCCGCCACAUUCUUAUAUUCUAUGCAGUUAUUGUCUGUGCACUGAUCAUCUCGACCUUCUACAUGAGACACAGAAUUAACACUCUGGAGGAGCGCCUGGGGUCCCUGACGUCCAUUGUGGAACCCUACAAUACUGAGCAGCCAGUCCCAUCAGGACUGGGAUCACAAGUGCAGUUAAAUGUGGAGGCCCUUUGCCAAGAGCUUACAGCUAACAUAGUGAAAUUAGAAAAGAUACAAAACAACUUACAAAAGCUGCUUGAGAAUGGUGACUGAGUGACCAGAUCCUGGGGCCAACAUAAUACCUCAUGUUUUCCCUUGAAGAAGGUGCUUCCCGAGAGAGUCUGUUAUGCGCCCCCUGCUGGCCAGAGGCGCAAGAGACUGAGAAUCCAGCUGUGUUCGCGCUUGGAGGUCUCCAGCUCAGAAAGGGGGGAAAGGGAAUAAUUUUGCUUUUGUGCAAUAAAAGUUGACCUUGUCUCUGCUGCUGCCUGAAGAAAACAGACCCAUCUCGGAAGGUGAGCAAGGUUCUGGAGGACGCCUGUAGCGUCAGUAAACCCUGCACUCCAUGCUUUUCAGCCCUGCCCAGCCUCCUCUUUGCUCCCUUCAUGUCCCAACCAACCUUCAGACCUAAGACUCGCAACGGUCCUUUAAAGAAUUAGCCAUGCGCCUCCAACAAGGCACUGAAUAGCUCCAAAUGAGCAGACUUGCUUCGAACCUCUAUGUUUUUGACUCUAUUCCCUCCCCCCCUUAUGUCCAGAUUUCUUUCAUCUGUGCGUUUCAGUUUCAAGCACGUCUGAUAAAGUGAAUUAAAUGUUCCGUUUGUGUUAUACUGUUUUGUUCCCCUGGUCUAGUACUUAAUCGGAGUGAUUCUCCCCUACCUCCGAUCAGGAAUCCUUGAGGUGGGAGAUGGAAAUACUGAAUCAGAUUCGCUCUGAAACCAAAACUAAUCUUUAAGCCAAAAGUUGUGAUUGUGAUUUUCUAUGCUAUGGAAAAGUACUGUUCUUAAGAUUGUAGUGGGCUACGGUGGCAGUGUGGAACCAGGAUGUCUGUGUUACUCCCUCAACACCAUGGUAAUCAAACGCCCUCCUCCUACAAUAAAGCAAUAAGUGGUGGUUUUGCUAACUUUACUUACAGUAUGGGUUGGAUUUUUUUUAUUAAUAAUUAUUUAGGGUACCGUAAGAUCUGUAAGUGUAAACCAUUCUCUCUGCAAUGCAUUUUAUAAUCAUUUCUGUGAAAUGUACUUUGUUUAAUCAGAUAAGCUAAUAAGUGGAGCGGUUACGUCCUUUGAACUUGUCAGCCCACUGGGUAACUGUGCCUGGUGCACGGGCUUUUAAUAAAUACUCAUUGGCUAAAA